AUGUCCGAGGAGCAAGAACUCGCGCGCACCAUCUCCGCCUACCUCGACGGCAGCUGUACGCUCGCGCAGACUGUCGCGACGGUCGCGGAGCCGAUCGAGCGCGCCUACGCCGCGGGCGACGGCGCGGCGGUGGAGGGCCUGCUGUGGGACCUGUGGUACGCGACCAUCGAGGCCGCCCAGCGCACGCCGCACGCGUCCCCGCGCCAGCAGGCGCUCGUCGACGUCGUCGCGGGACUGAAAGCGCGCGCGGAGCCGCCGGAGCCUGCGGACGCGGCGCGGGGGGGCUGGGUGUUCGCGGAGCGCGGGCUGUGGGGCGCGCCGAAGCUGCUGGGCGCGGCGAUGCGCGAGACGUGGAACGCGCGGCCGGACGAGCGGGGCGGGGCGGGGAUGGGCGGGGAGGGGAUGGGCGCGGGGGAGUGGGCGAACGUGAACGCGUUCGCGGCGCGGCUGAGCGCGGGGGGCGUCUGUGAUUUUGUGCUGUACGCGAUUUGGAGCGUGCGGGAUGCGCUGGAGGAGGAGCGGGCGGAGGGGGCGCUGGUGCCCGGGGCAGGGGUCUGGUUUUUGUAUGCCGGGCGGGCGAUUUGGGAGAGCGCGGAGGAGUAUGGGCGGGCGGGGAGGGGCGGGGUCGUGUGGACGGGGAAGAGCGGAUUUUGCAAGGAAAGAUGGGGGCUGUGGAAGAAGAGGUUUGGGGAGGUUGUAAGGGAUGGCGGGGUCGGGGAGGAGGCGAGGGCGAUGGCGAGGCAGGCGGUGGAGGCUAUGGAGAGGGUCGAGGCGGGGGAAGCGUAGAUUCAUUGCAGUCACUAAUCAUAGUUGUAUUUGUUCUACGAAGAAUACAAGGCGUGUCCUAGCCCAGCCGAAGAACGGGCG